AUGUCUGAAUACAUGGAGCAGCAUUCAGUUGCCCGGCUAAUUGGAGCACCACCUGGAUAUGUUGGCCAUGAGGAAGGAGGUCAACUGACAGAACAAGUUAGAAGGCGACCCUACAGUGUCAUUCUCUUUGAUGAAGUUGAGAAAGCACAUGUAGCAGUAUUCAACACUCUGCUCCAGGUUCUAGAUGAUGGAAGGCUGACUGAUGGUCAAGGCAGGACCGUAGACUUCAGGAACACUGUAAUCAUCAUGACCUCAAACCUUGGUGCUGAGCACCUCCUAACCGGGAUGGUGGGCAACAACUCGAUGAAGGCCGCUCACGAUCUGGUUAUGCUGGAGGUGAGGAAGCAUUUCCGACCCGAGCUUCUGAAUCGUCUGGAUGAUAUAGUGAUCUUUAACCCCUUAUCGCAUGAGCAAUUGAGGAAGGUUGCUCGGCUGCAGAUGAAAGAUGUGGCGGCCCGUCUUGCUGAAAGGGGCGUUGCCUUAGCUGUGACUGAUGCUGCCUUGGACGUGAUCUUGUUGCUCUCUUACGAUCCGGUCUAUGGUGCCAGGCCGAUCAGGAGAUGGAUUGGGAAGAGGGUAGUGACCGAGCUGUCCAAGAUGUUGAUCAAGGAAGAGAUAGAUGAGAACUCCACGGUGUUCAUAGACGCUUCUCCCAACAAGGAUGAGCUGACUUACAAGGUCAACAUGAACGGAGGACUAGUGAACGUGCAGACAGGGCAGAAGUCUGACAUCCUGAUCCAGGUUCCUACUGGAGCUAUGAACGGCGGGGCAGCACAAGUGGUGAAGAAGAUGAGGAUUAUGCAGGAUGACGAUGAUGCUGAUGACAUGGAAGAAGAAUAG